AACACGAAGCUCCCUGGAGCCUACUUGCUAUCCGCUAUCUUUGAGCUUCCUACAAAGCUCAUCUACAAACCAAGUAAAAACGACCACUAUUCACCACACCGUCUCUAUUUAUCGAUCUACGAAGCGAUAAAUUCGACACCGAUACAAAAUCUGUGCCUAAACACAUAGUAAAAAAGAAAUUAGACCUACUUCCACAACCGUCAAGAUGGUAAGCCUCAACUCUAACCACUACCACCCAUCCCUCCAGAUCACCAAGCUAACCACUAUAACAGUCGAUGCGCAUAGUCCCCCCCUCCAACCACAGUAGCACCUUCAAAGCAACCAACACCUCCGCGCCCUCCGCGCCCGGGGUCCACGACGUCCUCCGGCAUGGCAUCGGCCCCAACACCAGCACCACCACCGACCCGAUCCCCGCCUCCCGCCACCCCCUAGAAGCGCGUCUCAAAGCCUGGGAAUCGACCCAAGAAACUUUGCGCAUGGAAUCUCUUCGCAAAACCUUCGGCGUAGCCGAGCCAGUCCGACGGGGUAUGGAACUCAAGAUCGCGCGGGAUGGAGACUGGCGACCGCUUGCGUUGGGCGGGGGUGUUAGGAGUGUGCAUGAGGAUAUUUUGAGAGGACGUGAGGCUGCGAUUGAUUGGGAGGAUGUGUUUACCGGUGAGGAGCAGCGUGCUGCUGUUGGUGUGCAUGAGGAGAUGGAGAGAAAGUUGAAGAUUUAAGGGACUCUUCGAUGCAAAGUCCAUAGAAAUGGACGAGAGUUCUGGCCUUGGAAGUGGCUGAUACUUCAGAUUGGUCAUGUCUACAUUGAUGAGCGGAGUAAUUAGCUCCCUAACGUCAUGGGCUCAAUAGCCAUGGACUAGGGGUAUUUUUGCCGUGUAAAAAACAGGCACGCAAUAUGAAAUAGACGAUCCACGGAUGCCAAACCCU